GGGAAAAUGUGAUGUAUCAUUAUAGAAUGCGCAACCCCCUUGGGAAUGGAGAACAGGGUUAUCCCCAAUUACGCCAUAACAGCUUCCUCAGAGUGGGCAGCAAAUCAUGGUGCGUCUAACGCAAGACUGCAUCGCCCAGCAGGAGGUGGAAGGACUGGUGCCUGGUCUGCCAAGACAAACGACAAAUCACAAUGGAUUCAGGUGGAUCUUCGCGGAAAAUUCAAAGUGACCAAGAUUUUAACACAAGGAAGGCAUGAUUAUGCGCAAUGGGUGACCCAGUACAAAGUGUCUUACAGCUCAGAUGGGGUGCAUUUCAGUGAUCAAAAUAAAGUGUAUCAAGCCAACAAAGAUCAAAACACCGUGGUAGUGAACACUUUAGAGUACCCGAUAGAGGCGCGCUUUAUACGUCUCAACCCUAAACAGUGGUUUGGUCACAUCUCUUUGCGAAUGGAGCUUUAUGGUUGCAGUUUGAAUUCAGAAUGCAUGUCUCCUAUGGGAAUGGAAAAUAAAUUUCUUCCAAACUACGCAAUUACAGCCUCUUCUGAGUGGGCGUCAAAUCAUGGAGCUUCAAACGCAAGGCUGUAUCAUAUAGCAGGCGGUGGAAGGACUGGUGCAUGGUCUGCAAGAACAAAUGACAAAUCACAGUGGAUUCAGGUGGAUCUUGGAACAGUCAAAAGAGUGACGCAAAUUGCCAGUCAAGGCCGAUCAGAUUAUGCUCAGUGGGUUACAAGAUACAGAGUGUCUUACAGCUCUUUUGGAAAAGUUUUCCACAUCCAAGAUCAUGUUUACCAAGCCAACAGUGACCAACAUAGCGUUGUUGUAAAUACUCUUGUCAAACCAAUUGAGGCUCGUUUCUUCAGGAUAAAAGUUGAAGGAUGGCAUGGUCACAUUUCCAUGAGGUUUGAACUGUAUGGAUGUCAUGUUCAUUCAGCAUGUGUGUCACCCCUUGGACUAACCAGUAAGAAAUUACCAAACUCGGCAUUAACUGCCUCUUCUGAGUGGGCGGGAAACCAUGGGGCCAGCAAUGCAAGGCUCUACCAUGUUUCAGGUGGCGGGAGGACUGGAGCGUGGUCUGCUAAAUUCAAUAACAAGGGUCAGUGGUUAGAAGUUGAUCUUGGUGAGACGACCAAAGUUACAAUGGUAGUAACACAGGGACGGUACGACUAUGAUCAGUGGGUAAAAAGUUACAAAGUGGCCCACAGUAAAUAUGGCGAUCAUUUUGAAUUCCAAAACAAGGUGUAUCAAGCUAACGGAGAUAGGAAUGGUGUAAUCCUGAAUAGGUUGAUCCAACCAAUCGAAGCCCGUUUCGUCCGUAUUUAUCCAGAGACUUGGCACGGCCACAUAUCUAUGAGAGUGGAAUUGCAUGGCUGCGAAAUCCGGUCUGGUUGUAAUCUUCCCCUGGGAAUGGAAAACUACCAUAUACCUGACUCAGCCAUAGCAGCCUCUUCAUGGUGGGAUCCAAACCACGGACCAAACAAUGCCAGAAUCUACCACAUGGCUGGAGGUGGAAGAAGAGGAGCUUGGUCUGCGAAGACAAAUGACAAAGGACAAUGGAUUCAAGUAAAUCUUAGAAAAGCUAUGAAGGUGACCAAAAUUGGAAUGCAAGGUCGUCAGGAUUACGCCCAGUGGGUCACCAAGUACAGAGUGGCUUACAGUACGGAUGGUCAGCACUUUUCAGUUCAAAAUCAGAAAUUUUCAGGAAACAGGGAUCAAAAUACUCUUGUCAUAACUGAUGUGGCCCAGUCAAUUAAGGCACAGUAUAUCCGAAUCCUUCCUCAAGAAUGGCAUGGACACAUCUCUCUGAGGAUGGAGUUGUACGGCUGCGACAUUUCAGGGGCUAUCGACGGUGGUUACUCCGAAUGGGAAGACUGGGGAGAAUGCUCGGUGUCAUGUGGAAGAGGAUCACGUUCAAGGAGACGAUCAUGCAAUAAUCCUGUUCCACAGAAUGGUGGUUCAGACUGCUCAUCCCUGGGACCUAUGGAGGAAUUUGAGUCCUGUAAUAUGCAACCUUGCAGGGAUUGUGACACCCCUCUGGGAAUACAAAGUGGAGAUAUUCCAAACUCCGACAUUACAUCUUCUUCCGAAUGGGAUGCAAACCACGGGCCCAGCAAUGCAAGGAUCAAUCGUCCUGCUGGUGGAGGUAAGACUGGAGCCUGGUCUGCCAGAGCAAACGACAUGAAACAGUGGAUACAGGUGAACCUUCGUCAACUGACUCGUGUGACUAAGGUGGCAAUUCAAGGAAGACAAGACCAUCCACAAUGGGUUACUGCAUUUAAAAUAUCUUACAGUCUGGAUGGAAAACAUUUUAAAUAUCAAGAAAAGAUAUACAAUGGAAACAAUGACCAAAACAGUGUUGUCGUGAACACCUUGGUAGAACCAAUCGUGGCCCGGUUCAUCCGCCUUCAUCCGUACGUCUGGCAUAGACACAUUUCGUUGAGAAUGGAGCUUUAUGGUUGCACACUAGGACAAGAAUGCAAAUCUCCCCUGGGUAUGGAAAACUACAGGAUCCCAAAUUCAGCAAUCACAGCCUCAUCAGAGUGGGACGCCAACCAUGGACCAACCAAUGCCAGACUUAACAGACCCAGUGGCAGUGGGAAAACUGGUGCCUGGUCAGCCAAGAGAAAUGAUGCCAACCAGUGGAUUCAAGUGACGUUUUCUGAAGUCACUAAAGUGACAGGAGUUGGUAUCCAGGGUAGAUAUGACUACAAUCAGUGGGUUACCAAGUUCAAAGUGUCUUACAGUCGUGAUGGUAUUCACUUCGUUAUCCUCAGCAAGAUAUACCAAGGAAACAACAACCGAAACGGAAUCGUUUUAAACGAUUUAGGAACAUCAAUUAUAGCUCGUGUAGUUCGCAUCAAUCCAGUUGAAUGGUAUGGACACAUAUCCCUGAGGAUGGAGCUGUACGGCUGCCGUUUACCAUCAGAAUGUUCCAGACCUCUGGGUAUGGAAAACCAGCUCAUCCCCGACUACGCCAUAACAGCAUCUACUGAGUGGGCAGCAAAUCAUGGAGCCUCUAAUGCAAGAUUGCACCGCCCAGCAGGCGGUGGAAGGACUGGUGCCUGGUCUGCGAAGAGAAAUGACAAAUCACAAUGGAUUCAGGUGGAUCUUCGUGAAAGAUACAAAGUGACAAAGGUUCUAACGCAGGGAAGACAGGAUUAUGCGCAAUGGGUGACCCAAUUCAAAGUUUCAUAUAGCGUGGACGGAACUAACUUUAUAUUUCAGAACAAGGUGUACCAAGCUAACAGCAACCAGAAUACAGUUGUGGUGAACGCUUUAGAGAAGCCCAUACAGGCGCACUUCAUACGUCUUCAUCCCCAGAAGUGGUAUGGUCACAUAUCUUUGAGGAUGGAACUGUACGGCUGCAGUUUGCAAGCAGAUUGUACUUCACCGAUGGGAAUGGAAAAUAAGAUGUUACCAGACUACGCAAUUACAGCCUCGUCUGAGUGGGCUGCAAAUCAUGGAGCCUCAAAUGCGAGGCUGUACUUUAUGGCAGGUGGAGGAAGAACUGGUGCCUGGUCUGCCAGAACAAAUGCAAAAUCACAGUGGAUUCAGGUGGAUUUUGAAAAAAUGAAGAGAGUGACGCAAAUUGCUAGUCAAGGCCGUUCAGACUACGCACAGUGGGUAACGAGAUACAGAGUGUCUUAUAGCACAUUUGGAAAGACGUUUAAGUCCCACGAUCAUGUUUACUCAGCUAACAGCGAUCAACACAGUGUUGUUGUCAAUACCCUCGUCAAACCCACUGAAGCUCGUUUUUUCAGGAUAAAUGUUGAGGGAUGGCAUGGCCACAUUUCAAUGCGGUUUGAACUGUAUGGAUGCGAUGUUUUUGAAGCAUGUGUAUCGCCGCUCGGACUAACCAAUAAGAAAUUACCUAACUCGGCACUAACUGCGUCUUCUGAGUGGGAUAGAAACCAUGGACCCAGCAAUGCAAGACUCUAUCGUGUGUCAGGUGGUGGAAGGAGUGGAGCCUGGUCUGCUAAACUGAACAAUAAAGGUCAGUGGUUGGAAGCAGAUCUUGGUGAAACGACAGCUGUCGCCAUGGUGGCAACUCAGGGACGGUACGACUAUGAUCAGUGGGUAAAGAGCUUUAAAGUGGCUUACAGCAAGUACGGAAGUCAUUUUGAAUUUCAAAACAAGGUGUAUGAUGCAAAUACCGACAGAAACAGUGUAAUCGUCAAUGAAUUGAUUCGACCAAUCAAGGCGCGUUUCGUUCGCAUAUAUCCUGUGUCUUGGCAUGGGCACAUGUCUAUGAGAAUGGAAUUUUAUGGCUGUGAGAUCCAUACAGAAUGUUCGUUGCCCUUGGGAUUGGAGAAUAACUACUUACCAGAUUCAGCAAUAACUGCUUCGUCAAUGUGGGAUGCAAACCAUGGACCAAAUAAUGCCAGAAUAUACCGCAUGGCCGGAGGUGGAAGAACAGGGGCCUGGUCUGCGAAGACAAACGACAAGGGACAAUGGAUUCAAGUAAAUCUUGGAAAAAUUACCACGGUGACCAAGAUAGGGAUCCAGGGUCGUCAAGAUUACGCUCAGUGGGUCACAAGCUAUAAAGUGUCGUACAGCCAGGAUGGUCAACACUUUGCAAUUCAGAAUCAGGAAUAUGUUGGGAGUAAAGAUCAGAAUACCCUCGUUAUCAACGACUUGAUAAAAUCAAUCAAGGCACAGUACGUCCGCAUCCUUCCACAAGGAUGGCAUGGACACAUCUCAAUGAGAAUAGAGCUCUACGGUUGUGUCUCAAUAAUUGAUGGUGGUUUUACUGAAUGGAGUGAGUGGAGCGCUUGCUCGGCAAAAUGCGGCUAUGGAAUACA